GCCAGAUUUUCGUUAGUGCUCCGCCGGAGCUUGGAGAGACGAGACAUUGAAAUCCUUGCGCGAAAUAGAUCGGUCCUACGAUGACGGAUACCUGGACGAUUCUCUUGACCCUGUUGAUCGGAGUUCUGAUCAUCUGGCACUACACUUGUAGGAAUUUGAAUUAUUUCAAAGAUCGGGGAAUUCCGCACGUUUCGCCACUUCCUCUCUUCGGAAACAUGGCUCGAAUAGUAUUCAGGUACAAGUCAUUCAGGGAAGGGAUUCAUGAAAUCUAUAACUUCAACCAGGACGCGAAGUAUAUCGGAUUCUUCGACUUCGGAAGCCCCGUGGUGAUCAUGAGAGACCUCGAACUAAUUAAAACCGUCACUUCGAAGUCAUUCGACAACUUUCCCGACCACAAAAUGCUCGCCGACGAAGUUCCGGAUGAAAUAUUCACGAAGAAUCUGUUCGCGUUGAAAGGACAACAGUGGAAGGACAUGCGGACUCUCCUCAGUCCCAGUUUCACUUCGAGCAAGAUGAAAACCCUUUUCAAGCUCAUAAAGGAGAGUACGUCGAAUUUGAUCGAUAAUUUGAAGGCCAGAAGUUCGGAAUCGACCGAGUUCGCGAUGCGGGAUGUUUUGACGAGGCACACGAACGACGUGAUCAUGACAUCGGCCUUUGGACUAAGCGUCGAUUCGCUGAAGGACAAAAACAACGACUUCUUCACCACUGGCCAAGAGGCCACAAACUUUAGUGGCGCGAGAUCGGUGAAGUUUUUUCUCCUACGGAUAUUCCCCACGCUCUCCAGACUCAUGAACGUCAGACUGUGGAGUGACAAGACUGUCAAAUUUUACAAAGACAUCGUGAAGACGACGAUCGCGGUCAGGGACGCCAAGGGGAUCGUCCGUCCCGAUAUGCUCCAGUUGAUGAUGCAGGCGAGAGAUGGAAGUAAAACGGUGAAGCUCACCAACGACGACAUGACCGCCCACGCGUUCAUAUUUUAUUUCGGUGGGUUCGACACCACUUCCCUUCUGAUGUGCUUCGCAGUCCAUGAAGUCGCCGUCAAUCCGGAAGUCCACGAAAAACUCCAGGCAGAGGUCGACGAGGUUUUGGAGAAAUGUGGGGGUGACGUGACCUACGAAGCUCUUCACGCCAUGUCGUACCUCGACAAUGUCGUCAAUGAGACCUUGAGACUUCACGCACCGGCCCCGAUGGUCGACAGACUCUGUUCGCAGCCCUUUGAACUGCCGCCCGCUCAGCCGGGACUGAAACCGUUCCUGGUCGAACCUGGAAUGAUCCUUUGGCUGCCGAUCGACGCCAUCCAAAGGGAUCCCAAGUACUGGGAAGACCCGGAGAAAUUCGAUCCGGACAGAUUCGGGGAGAAACGAAAAUCGAAUUUCGAUCCCGCGACCUUCAUACCGUUCGGCAUCGGACCGAGAGCGUGUAUCGGGAAUAGAUUCGCACUAAUGGAAACUAAACUUGCCAUAUUCGAACUACUCGCCAAUUUCAAUAUCACCGCGUGCAGCAAAACCAUCGACCCGAUACGACUGAGCAGAGCAAGUUUCGUUGCCUACAUCGAAGGUGGUGCUUGGCUUAAUCUUGAGCCCAGAAAUUAGCAGAAGCUCGAAUGAACUUGGACUAUUUUUCCGUGAACGUGGUUGGAACACUUUCUACCCAAAUUUUUCUGUCAAUCACCAAUUGUCAGCCUCAAAUUGUCUUCACAGUAUAAGUCUGUGGAAAUUCGUAGCUGCGAAAUUAGUCUGUACUGUACGAGAAAGGAAGGUCAAAAUAGUUGACUGUCUCAAAAAAUCUUAUCGUCCAGCGCGUCAAAUUCUUAAAGACCAAACAAACUCUCCACACAAAUCACAAAGUCAACAGAAACCAAAGAAUAAGGAUCCGCAGUACUUUAUGAUUCAGCGUUCCCUGGACGACUGAAAAUUUUUCAGACAGUAAAAAAUUCCCAGAUCACGAUCAGUCUGGAAAAGUAGUAUCAUAAUUCUUGCGGAUCCUGCAUAUGUCGUUUCAGCAAAUUUGAAAAUUACAUAGUUUUUUAUAGGCAUAAUAUGUUCCCGGCGACUCGACAUCCUCCUUUAGUUUAUUAAUUUUGGAACCUCAAACUUUUACCACGUGUUCAAUCUACACCUAGUUUGGAACAUCUUCAGUUUUCGUUUGCCGUUAACUCCCGUUAUCGUCGUGAAGUAUUCGUCGGCCUUUCACUCGUUAUCUCUUCUCUUGACCUCUACUCAGCAGAUUUCGAGUAUUUCAAGGACGUUUUUUCGAUAACUCUGGACAUUGAUUGUUCGCUUCGCCGCCACGCAGAUCUCCUUGUGUAAACAACACAUCGUUUUCAAUCAACAUCAUCAUCGGACAAUCAUCAAUCAUCGGACAUGUGAAUACAUAAUUAAAUAGAAAAUUUAUGUCGACGGCUUACCGAUAGCUGCAUAUAUCGGAUCUUAUUCAUUCGCAAUUAAAUCGUCAGUCAUCAGUUUUCCGAAGGGUGCGCCGACGUUCCGUUUUAUACCUGUCACAAUUCGAAUCGAUGUUAGUUUUUUUUAAGAAUUCGGGUGAUCUGAAAUGAGCGAAAAGAAGACACAGUAACAGGUGCUCGAAAUUGGUAUGAUUCCUUAGAUUAAAAAAUUUUAUCAAUCGGAGCGAAAGUCCUGAUUUCUGAUCGCCCGAAAAAUAUGGCGUGUAAUAACGUUUGAAAUUCUCGCGACACCCGGCAUGUACCUAUAUUACGUCGUUCCUCCAGAGCUUCGAUCACUCCCGUGGGUUCGCCUGCGGGUUUUUCGUUUUCAGAUUAUCCAGAUAAAUACAUUGUUCUUCGCUCCACGAUCCGGGGCCAUCGAAAAUCCUUUUCUAUCGGCCGGAGUUAUAAGUGAUAUCGGGGAAACCCCGUUGGGAGCGAUUCAUCCAAGAUGAGGAAUAGCCAAGUCGUGCGAAAAACCUGUAUAUGGUGCAGAAGCUUUGGCGAACUUGCUGGACUGCAAAUCCCGGUGGAUUCGUAUUCGUAUAUUUUUACCCCACACCCGGACGCGCCCACGGAUCUCUUCCACGUAUACGCCAAGAGCUGCAGCGGGCCAACAGGAUUCGCUACCAUAGAUAAUAUAUUGAACUCGAUCGGACAAGUCGCGGAAAGUCAGAGUCGUAAGGUGAUAAGUCGCAAAAUGAGAGCGCCAUCUGCGUUUCGUGGUAAAACAAAUAGUUCAUCGAAAUCGCAUGAGCGUUCUAUAGAUCCGAUCUUCAAAUUCAUUCUCACAGACUAGGCGGUGACGCGAACAAAUAUAACACGCUAGGACGCGGAUAAGCUGGUUUCAUCACUGGGAUGAUUUCAGUGCAUAUUGAUAUUACGAUAGUCUGUUCGCACUCGCAUAUAUAAAUCUGGAGUACAACAUCUCCUGUAGGGAGAAUUAUUCUUGUUCGGUUGAAUACAAUCUCGGUACAGUUCGUAAUGUCACGAUUUUGAGAAAAAGUAGUGUUUCAUGUUCGCCAAAACAAACUACCGUUAAAAAAAACUGACCAUAUUUUUCAUUCCUGUUGGGACUCGAGAGUAGGAUUCUGUUCAUUAUGUGCAGGUUUUUGAAAAUGACCUCUUUCUAUGAAAAGUGGGCAAUAUUGCAUCAGGAGCACGGAAUGUUUUUCAAAAUUUUCAAACUGUCACGUUGAAAAGAUUUCGGAUUGAAAAAGAGAAGCUAAAAUAAAAAAAAAAAAUCAAAAAUCAAAAACCAAAGAUGUAGAAAAGAAAAAUUGGUGACGAGCAGUACUAAGUUUUCAUAUACUGCCAGAAAUUUAAAAAAUAUAGUGGAAUUUGCCCUAAAUUAAAGUUUCAGGUCAAAUAAUUUUGGAAGUAUCAACUUAUUUAAAAAAUGUUAAAAGACAUUUUUUGUAGAUCGUCCAAUUUCCUAAAAAAGUAUGUACGCGUCCUUUAGAUUCAGUUAUUGGUGUAUGAGUUACAAAAUUCUUAGAGAAAAAAAAAAAUUCCUAUGAUGUUGACGUGGGAAAUAGAAAUCCGCGAUAAGUGGACACUCAAUAUUAAUAUUAAGAGCCCUGUUUUCAACAGGCAUCUUUUCUAAUCCCCCAGAAAGUAUUUCAGAGGUAAAAUUGAAAAAAAAAAUUGUCGAUUUUUUUGAACCGGUCUCAUUUCUGCCACACCUAAGAACGGAGUUAGUUAACGAUCGUUAUUGACCCUUCAUGAAAUACAAAUUACUUUCUAAUGAUGCUUUCGUUCCGAUUAACCUCGCUGAAUGAAGCUGCAUUGCUGAUGAUUUGUCCGAUUCGGCCGUCGUUUUCAGACGAGUCAGAAUCAACCUCACCGGGUGUACAUGCAUGCAUGUGGAUGUAAGCUGAUCCCCGAAGAAAAACUGCGCCUGCGGCCGCCGCUGUUUGCACCCUUCGCAUGCAAGAAAACAACCCGAUUUCUUCCCUCCGGCUGCUACCAUCGGCCCAGAUCUGUCUCCGGUGAACGAUGAAAGCUCGAUACAUACGCCGGGGCUCACUCCAGCUGAAUUUCGCAUCGUAAAUAAUCGAAACUAUACAAAAAUUGUAUACCUAUGUAGGCAAAGCUACGUAAGCCGAUCUCCGGCAUACUUCCGUCAAACUUCUCCCUGCGGUGAAAUUGGAAUUUUUCAUCCUUCAGGAAAUUACUAGCUCCCCUCUCGAGUUUUUCCGAUGUUACGCCCCAUGUAUUCUGUGUCUACCCAUAAGAAUGUGGAAUUUCAUUUUUCAAUUCACUUAAUCAAUUAGUAUUGUCUUCGGUAUUUCAAUAUUUGAAGCUGUUCUGCUGCCUUCGUGAUUUCGAAGAAACUCCAAAAUUAUUCCAUGCGGGAUUUUUCAAAUACGUAAUUCCAUAUUUGUUGGAUCGAAUCAGAUUUAUUCAAACAUAUAUGUAUAUGGGGAAUUCCAAGUUAAUGAAAAUAAUCUAAUACAGU